AUGGUAGUUUCUUUCUCUCGGAUUUAUGAACAGCAAAAUGACAACCGUCUUGAAGAAUUGGAAUCAAAAAUUUCUAUGCUUAAAGAUAUUACCACGGAUAUUUAUAAACAUGCAUCAGAUACAACGAUGAUUGAUCAGGGCAAACAAGCCAUAACUAGUCUUUCACAAAGUGUUCAGGCUUCUGUGUUACGUUUAAAUCGUCUUCUUUUAGUAAAAACGAGUAUUUUUAAAGGUGUUUGUUUUUUUAUAUUAAUUUUUACAAUAUUAUGGAUGCUUAGUAGAUACUUUUAA